AGAUCUAGUGUGUUUUCAUGGACAAUAACACGUGCGUCCCAGGUCAUGCUUUACGCCUCACGAUGAAGAUUACACCGUACUCGUGUCUUCAUCAGUUAUUCCACUCAAAACCGCAUUCCUGAAGAUUCGUUGAACCUUUGUGGCCAUGCUCACUUGGGUUAGGACAUAUUCUCGGCGUUUAAGUCUAGUGUGGAAAGAUUGUUCAGGUACCCCCCCCCCCCCAACCCAACCCCCCCCCAAAAAAAAAAAUGGAUGUGAGUAUUGGAAGAAUGGGAGUAUUGGAUUUACGUUUUUGCGUUAGAAUCAAGAUGGACAAGCAGAUAAACACUUUAUUUUUCGUUAGGGAGGAAAGGAAAAUAUAAAUAACUAUGGAACAGGCUGAUAAGGGUGAGUUAGGGAGAAAAGGAAAAUAUAAAUAACUUUGGAACAGGCUGAUAAGGGUGGAUCCUGCGGUUGCCAUAACGUAGAGAAGAUUGUACUCGAAACCAAGAUCAAGAACAAGCAACCGCAUUCCGUUGGCCGGGAUGUCAAGCGUGGAAUCGUUUCAUGUGGAGCUCGCCGCGCGAGUGAGAGAGAAGUUGACUUCCCCAGACUUGAUUGGCGAAAAAGCCAUGCUUAAUUCCAACGACACACGCUUGGUCAGAGCUCAAUAUGCCACCAAUAGACCCCGCCUAUAAAAAAGCGCGCGAGCCUGUUCCAUCGUAUCACAACCACUAACGUGCGUUCACCCCCCUAACAACUAUCUCACCCCCCUAACAACUAUCUCACCGGCUCGAUCAAUCUCUCACCGGAGAUGGUGCCCGUCCGGCCGUCCGCGGCGGCGCUGCUGCUCGCCGCCACCGCUUUCCUCGUCGUCGCGGUGGGCGCCCAGCCGCUGAGCCCGGACAGCCCCAUCCUGAGGGACCCCAACGUGAUCCCCAUCUACAUGACCCCCGGCUCGUCGCCCACCGUGGCGAGCUGCUACAACCAGAACAACACGGCGUCGGGCCCCGACUGCACGGUCGAGCCGCGCGCGUGCCCGCGCGGCUGCCGCGACAUGUGCUACGUUCACUGCCCCACCUGCAAGCUCGUCUGCCUGUGUGAGCUGACCGGCACGGAGUGCUACGACCCGCGGUUCGUCGGCGGCGACGGCAACAAGUUCCUGUUCCACGGGCGCAAGGACGCCGACUUCUGCCUGCUCUCCGACGCCAACCUGCACAUCAACGCGCACUUCAUCGGCAAGCGCAACGCGGCGGCGGCACGGGACUUCACCUGGGUGCAGGCCCUCGGCAUCCGCUUCGGCGGCCACCGCCUCUACCUCGGCGUCAGGAGGACCGUCAGGUGGGACGCCGCCGUCGACCGCCUCGUGAUCACCUUCGACGGCGCGCCCGUCGAGCUGGACGCCGUCCCCGCCGCCAGCUGGAGCCCAGCCUCCGUUCCGGCGCUCUCGGUCUUCCGCACCGGCCCGGCCAACGGCGUGGUGGUGCGCCUCGACGGCCGGUUCCGCAUCGUCGCCAACGCGGUGCCCGUCACGGAGGAGGACUCGAGGAUCCACGGCUACGGCCUCACCGCCGACGACAGCCUCGCCCACCUCAAUGUGGCGUUCAAGUUCUACUCCAUCAGCGCCGACGUGCACGGCGUGCUGGGCCAGACCUACCGCCCCGACUACGUCAGCGCCGGCGUGGACGUGGGCGCCAAGAUCCCGGUCAUGGGUAGCGCCGGGAAGUACGCCGUUUCCGACAUCUUCGCCACGGACUGCGAGGUGGCGCGCUUCGCCGGCGAGGACGGCGCGCUCGCCUCGUCCGUUGGCAUGGUCGACGCGCCGGCCGACGCGCUCUGCGGCAGCGGGAAGGGCAGCGCCGGCCUGGUCUGCAAGAAGUGAGGUGAGAAAGCGAAGUCGUAGAGCUGUUUUUUCUCGGUGUUUAAUUACCUAUAUAAACUAAUAUAGUAAUAUAUACGUGCUUAGCUGCUGCUACGGUUAUUAGUGGUAGUUCAAAGAAUAAAAGAUUUGGUGAUAAUUGUCGCGUGUUAGUCGUCGUCGAACGAGCAAACGCUGGGAAGGGAACAAAGUGUUUCUCACUUGUCAGUGCCGUGAUUUAGGAUGAGAUUGCCCGGUUCAAACUUCAAAAUCGUGUCGUUGCAAUCCUAUAUCCUCUUUUGUAAUCGUGUUUGAGAAUAAAAGUUGAACACUGAAGCUUAAUUUGUUACGUACUCUAUUUGCUUAUGUAUUUAUGUAGUGGCUGCUAAGAAAUUCUGAAAUUGAAACAA